AGAGGCGGCAUCGACGAAGAGACGCCGUCGAACGCCGCGCAGGGCCUGGAAACGAUGGCCAAAUGUGAACCUUGUGAAAGAAGUUACGACAAUAUGGUCAAAAAGCUUGAGGACCUGAAUAAAGACUUAGAAAAGCUCCUGGAAGACAUAGAAAAACUAUCAGUGCAGGCUACCUGGAUGGCUUAUGAUAUGGUGGUGAUGCGCUCUAACCCAGACUUGGCCAACUCAAUGAGACGGCUUGAAGAUGCCUUUCUCACCUGUAAGGAGGAGAUGGAGAAAAACUGGCAAGAAAUGUUGAAGGAAACUAAAGGUGCUGAACAAAAAGAAUAA